CGACGGCCGCUCGGCGUCCAUCCGCCGGAUCGACGGCGCCCGCGAGGCGACGCCACCCCUGCUGGCCCGUCGGAAUAUUCCUCGCCCUCUCCCCCAUCCUGUCCUCACGGGACUCCCCUUCUGUUCCUCCUCCCUUCCGCUCGCGGGCUCGCGCGGCUGGAGGUGGCGAUUGCGAACGAAACCGAUCCGAUUCGGCCGUCCCCGGCGCUGCCGCUCUGAUCCUAGCUGCCCCCUCGGCCAGUAUAAAAUGGCGAUGAUGGUGGAUCCUCCAAAUGGAAUUGGAAACCAAGGAAAGCAUUACUACUCUAUGUGGCAAACCUUAUUUGAGAUAGACACUAAAUAUGUGCCGAUCAAGCCCAUUGGGCGAGGAGCUUAUGGAAUAGUUUGUUCAUCCAUCAAUCGUGAGACAAAUGAGAAAGUAGCAAUAAAGAAGAUACACAACGUUUUCGACAACCGUGUGGAUGCACUAAGGACUUUGCGGGAGCUGAAACUCCUUCGCCAUCUCCGCCACGAGAAUGUCAUUGCUCUGAAGGACAUAAUGAUGCCAAUACAUAUGAGGAGCUUUAAGGAUGUAUACUUGGUCUAUGAACUCAUGGAUACUGAUCUGCACCAGAUAAUCAAAUCGCCUCAGGGGCUUUCCAAUGACCACUGCCAGUACUUUCUUUUUCAGUUGCUCCGAGGACUGAAAUAUCUCCAUUCAGCAGAAAUACUCCACAGAGACCUAAAACCUGGAAAUCUGCUGGUGAAUGCAAACUGUGAUCUGAAGAUAUGUGAUUUUGGCCUUGCACGUACAAACAGUAGUAAAGGCCAGUUUAUGACUGAAUAUGUCGUCACCCGCUGGUACAGAGCUCCUGAGCUGCUCCUCUGCUGUGACAAUUACGGCACUUCCAUAGAUGUUUGGUCUGUUGGGUGCAUCUUCGCUGAGCUCCUUGGCCGGAAGCCAAUUUUUCCAGGAACUGAGUGCCUAAAUCAGCUCAAGCUCAUAGUGAAUGUUCUCGGCACCAUGAGUGAGUCUGACCUAGAGUUCAUCGACAACCCAAAAGCUCGCAGAUACAUCAAGUCCCUUCCCUACACUCCCGGUGUUCCCCUCGUGAGUAUGUACCCACAUGCGCACCCUCUUGCCAUUGAUCUAUUGCAGAAGAUGCUCAUCUUUGAUCCCACCAAAAGGAUUAGCGUCACCGAGGCCCUUGAGCACCCCUACAUGUCUCCUCUGUACGAUCCAAGUGCAAAUCCUCCUGCCGAAGUGCCCAUUGAUCUGGACAUAGACGAAAAUAUCAGUGCAGAGAUGAUCCGGGAAAUGAUGUGGCAGGAGAUGCUUCACUACCACCCUGAAGUUGUCACAGCAAUAAAUAUGUCAUGAUCUUCCACUGCCCCAGGACCUCGGCAGGCUCACUUUUUUUUAUAAAAGCCUACUGCGAUUAUAGCGCCUAUCUAUUGUAGCACCCACAAUGUAUGUUUCGAAAUUUGGCUUGUGUAAAUACACGUCCAAUAAGAACGGCGUAUGGAUAGUUCUUGUCAUGGACCAUUACUUGGUGUAUGUACUGUCUAUGUGUUGACUGGUGUUCUGUUGUAUGAGUUCACGGAGUGCUGUUGUAUGA